AUGGGCCGGCCCGUGCGCACCGGCCAGUGCGACAUACAGAUGGAAACGCAGUACGAGUACGGUACCCGGGUUGGCGUCUGGCGAGUGGCGCACUUUCUCGAACAACAGAAGAUCAAGGCGACGGUGUUUGCGGUAGGUCAGUCGAUCCUGAAGUCUCCCGAUGCUGCACGGUAUCUAGUGCAAAGCGGGCAUGAGAUCUCUUCUCACGGGUAUCGCUGGAUUGAUCACCAUGCCUUGCCGCUUGCAGUUGAGAAGGAGCAAAUCGAGAAGAAUAUCGACGCUAUCCGCGAAAUCUCUGGCCAUCCACCACGGGGAUGGUAUAUGGGUCGCCCGUCCGUGUCUAGCAAAGGAUUGGUGUGCCAUGUGUUUGACCAGCAGGGGCUCGAGUUGCUAUAUCAAAGCGAUUCGUACUCAGAUGAGCUGCCCUACUGGACAGCGCACCCCUUGGAUCCUCACAAGGGCCUGCUGAUGAUUCCAUAUACGUACGAUGUCAAUGAUAACAAGUUUACCACCUCGCCGGGCUUCACUAAUCCCCGUGACUGGUUGGAAUAUUGCAAGGCCACAUUUGAUGUGUUAUACGAAGAGGGCUGCAACGGUGAAUCCAAGAUGAUGACUAUCGGUCUUCACAGCAGGCUGAUUGGCCGGCCUGCGCGCUUUCAAGCACUACGCAAGCUUGUUAACUACAUAAAAGGCCACGAGGGUGUCUGGUUCGCUACUCGUGAGGAAAUUGCUCGGCAUUGGAUUAAGACACAUCCAUUCGAUGAAAACAAAUUGAAUCGGAUUCCGCACUUUCUAUAG